AUUUUUAAUAAAAACUGAAUUGUAAGUGAAUUUAUUGAGAGGGAUUUAAAUCCAACUCUCCUAAAAUAAAAUGAGCUGUAAAUUUGAAUUAUAAUUGAGACGGUGCCGAAAUCUUAAGUCUUAAAUGACAAUCAGGCACAAAACACAUUUAUCCGAUCCUAUCGAAAAGUGAUUAUUAUCCCAAGAUUCCAUCGAAAAUCCAACUAACAAUUUAAAAUUCGAAUUGACGGGACCCACUUAAAUACAAUUAAUACUUGUCCCGAAAGCUGAAAACGAAGUGCCACCAUAACUGCCUGAUUCAUUUUCCUUAAAGUUGAAAAAGAAUAUAAUAAUAAUAAUAUUAAAAAAGAAAUUAAAUUUGUGUGAGGUAGGUAGCUACUCUCUGUGCUUUUACUCUAUAAGUAGCACCUCUAUCUCUCUGCCAUGGAUUUCAUUCAUCUCUAUCUCAUCUCUCUCACUAGUCUACUAUGCUCGAUCAAUUCUAGCAGCGCACCACAGCACCAACACUUGAGACAAGCUCCUUCGAUCGAUCGAUUAUAUUAUUAUAGGAUAGGAUAGUAGUAUAAUCAAUAGCAAAUAGCAGCCAGCAAUGGAUGCGUGCAGAUUUCAUCACGACAACAUUAGAGUGGAGAAAGCGAAGGCGAUUGCAAAAUACAGGAUGCUUCAGAGACUUACAAGUUUGUUCCGAUACCUGGAGCUAUUUGUCUUCCUGAUUCUGCUGUCGAGGUUUUCCGGUGGUAUGCUCUCUCUUGUUAAUCACAACAUCUUCAAGGAGCUCGCCGCAACGUUGAUUAGCCCCCGAUUUGUGUUCCUUCUCGGAAACGCCAUCGUGAUAGCUCUGUUUUUCAUGUCCGGAGGAUUUUCCACUCUAAACGGGGACAAAUCCCUCGACUUGUACGACGAGUACGUCCAGAAAUGCCAGGGCCAGGGCCGGGGGAGCAAUAGCAAUAGUAAUAGUAUUAUUAGUAAUCAGAUGAUGAAAUCCUCCGAUGCUUACAGUUACAGAUACGCCCACUCUAAACGGAAAAUGAAAAGAUGCAAGUCGCAGAAUCUGGAGGCAGUUGCGCGUCGAGAUGAGCAGCAUCGCGAGCUUAGACGGAACUUGACGGAGAUACCGCACCGCACAAGUAGUAGUGGUAGUAGUAGUACAGCGAAGAGGAGAGUGGCGGGCGCAUACGCGGAGGAUGAGAUGAGCGGCGAUGAGUUCCGGCGAACGGUUGAGGCGUUUAUCGCGCGGCAGCAGAGGUUUCUGAGGGAAGAAGGAGAAAUUCCCAUCUCAUCUCAUCUCAUCUAGGGUUACGCUAAUUACAAACAGGAAUAAUUUAAUUAAUUAAUUAAUAUUACAUACAUAUAUAUAUAUAUACAUAUAUAUAUAUAUAUAAGCAAGCGGGUAGCAGCAGGCUUUUAGAGUGUAUAUGUAAAAACAGCCAGCCAGCCAGCCAGCCACGGGGCCUGUUUUUUGCCGUGCUCAAUUAGAGACAAAAAGAAAUAAUAAUAGUAAUAAUAGUACAUAAUAGAGCUUGGGGUUAAUUCCCAUAUAUGUGUAUUAUAUACAUCUUUGUCUAUUUCAGGAUAAUUAAGAGAAUACUUGAACAUGUUUUUCAAAUUUAAAAUGUACAACACAUAUUAUAAUAAUAAUAAUAAUAAUUAUUAUUAUAAUAAUAUC